AUGCACUCCUCUGUCAUCACCUCCCUCGCCGCCGCGGCCCUCCUCCCCGCGGCGGCCGCCACGCUCGACAAGCCCGUCAUCAAGCCGCCCUUCCCCAACGGCGGCCUCGGCAGUCUCGGCCCGGACCUUAUGUCCUCGCUCCCCAUCGCCGCGCACACCACCACCGACUGGGACGCGGACCACCUGCCCCGCGACUGCAAAACCCUCGCCCAGGGCGCCGGCUUCUCUCCGCUCGACGUCUCCGCCUUUGACAUCCACUACGACGACUGCAAGGCGCAGCCGUGGGUGUUUUGCCGGCACAAGGACUCGCCGCUGAGCAAGACGGACAUGACGGAGCUGUUUGGGCGGCUGCCGGUGCGCAUGCGGCAGUUCAUCCGGCACAUCAUCGCGCUGCCGGGCCAGCGCUCGGCGGGCAGCGCGGGGGACAAUAUUCAGAUGAACGGCGACUGCGAGAUUACCGUGUUCAUCCACGAGACGGGCCACUCGCUGGACUCGCACGCGUUCGACCCGAAGCUGGGCGUGCCGUUUAGCAACGGCAAGGCCUGGACGGACGCCUACCAUAAGGACACGGCGGUGACGGAUGAUUAUGGGCGGACGUCGCAGCAGGAAAACUUUGCGCAGGAGACGGUGGUGUCGGUGUAUGAUAAGAACGUGGAGGGCGGGAUUGGUAAGAUCCAGCCGAAUGCGCAGGCGAUUCGAAACGCGUACACGACGCUGGAGACGUAUAUUGGGAACAUCAUCAUUCCCGGGGGUGAGUGCACGCACAGGCUGGAGAACAGCCCGUCGGUGCCAAAGGCGGACUCGGCGAGGACGCGCCUGGUGGCGAGGGCGGAGCCGGUGGGCGAGGGCCUGACGAGGAUCGAGCCGGUCCCGUUCGGACCGAUCCUUUCGGUUCGGUACUAA